AUGGUUCAGAUUAUGCUGUUGGCGACAACGAUGCUGGAUGCUCAAAGGCGUCCGUCCCGACUGGUAAUGCAGGCUCGUGAGCAGUGCUUUAGCAGCGGAAGACUCCGUCCGGAGCAGCGCCGGCACGUAGACCGCCACGAGUUCCCAGACCGGCCGGAUGUGCGUAGCUAUGUCCAUUGCUUCUGGACACGCCUCCAUCUGUGGCAAGACGCCCACGGCUUCAAUGUCCAGGCCAUCGUCUACAUGUUCGGGGGCCCGGAACACGUCAAUGUCGAGCAGGCGGUGCCCGCCAUUAACGGCUGUAAUGCGAGUGCCCGUUCCAACCGAACGGUGGCAUCACCACAAAAAUGGUGCUACGAGGCCUUUGUCUGUGUGCUGCGCACGCCGGUCGGUGUUUGGUAUCGACGCUACAUGUCUGAUGUUCUUAAUGGCAACGCGUGA